AUACACAGAGCAGUGUAUAAGAUUGAACAACCACAGACUAUGGCGAGAGACAGACAGUGAGGGUGAACAAAAAUAAAACACACAGAAGGCAACUACAAGGACAACGCUUGGGGACAGAAAGACUGGGAACAAACAAAUAAGGAGAAAAAAGGAAAACUGGGAGAGAGGGAGAGCAGCCGCAGCAAGGCAGCCUAACGCGGCUCACGAUGCCCAAGUGAAGACGAUCAGUCACAGACUGCAGGCAAAGGCUUUAUAAAUGGAAGAGGUGGAGGGUUUCUAGAUAGCGGAGGGAGACGUGCGUGUAAGUGUGUGUGUGCAGGGCAUGGUUGGACUGCAAUGGCUCUGUCGCUGGCAUCGCUGCUGCUGUCCUGCUCGGCUGCCUCUACCCUUCCCCCUGCACUCUGAACCCAUUCAACACGCACAGAGAUGAGCUCCAAACAUUCGUCUGACUGGAUCCCUUACAGCACCUUGGAUGAUGAGGCAACUAACCAACGGCAACAGAAGCUGGACAGACAGCGAGCUCUGCUGGAACAAAAGCAGAAAAAGAAGCGUCAGGAGCCAUUGAUGGUGCAGUCUAAUCUGGACGGGCGAUCUAGAGUCCGUAGGACCCGGCAGUCAGAGGAGCAGGCACCACUCGUGGAGAGCUACCUCAGUGGCAACAGCAGCACCAUCUACCACGUACAAGAAGCGGAGCAGGAGGACGUUAAAGCUGUAGCAGAGGUUCAGGCCCCUCGCUCGGCUAAAAAAACCAAGCAGCCUACCUCCACUCCUCAGACUGGCAGCGCCAAGAAGGAGAAAAAGGGCAAGAACAAAGGGAUUGAUGGGCCCGCUGCCUACCAGGAUGAGGGUCAGGAGCUGGGCAACCAGAUUCAGAUCCUGACAGUGGGCCACUCACCUGCCCAGGAGAGCGAGGCAGAGGGCCAGGGUGAGGCAGUGGGCAGCACACAGUCACAGGGCAAACAGGACCUACGGGUCACCAUGCUGAAGAAAGGCAUCUCGAGUAGCAUGAACUUCGAUGAGGAGGAGGAUGAAGAUGAUUUGGUCAGCUCAAGCUCAUCUCAGCUUAAUAGCAACACUAGACCUGGCUCUGCCACCAGCAAAAAGUCCAGCAAGGAGGCGACAUCAGCAUCCACCCCAUUGGCCAACGAGCCGUCCAUCGAUGUGGACGAUCUGGAGGAGUUUACUCUCAGACCUGCCCCCCAAGGGGUGACUGUGAAGUGCAGGAUCACUCGGGAUAAGAAGGGUAUGGACAGGGGCAUGUACCCCACCUACUACCUCCAUAUGGAGAGGGAGGAUGGCAAAAAGGUGUUCCUUUUAGCUGGGAGGAAGAGAAAGAAGAGCAAAACAUCCAAUUAUCUCAUCUCCAUCGACCCCACUGACCUGUCUCGAGGUGGCGAGAGCUUCAUUGGCAAACUAAGAUCAAACCUCAUGGGCACCAAGUUUACAGUAUACGACAGUGGUGUGAACCCAGUCAAAACCACCUCCAGCCUAGAAGCCGACAACUUACGGCAGGAGCUUGCAGCUAUCUGCUAUGAAACUAAUGUUCUAGGCUUCAAGGGACCUCGAAAGAUGAGUGUUAUUAUUCCAGGAAUGAACAUGGACCACGAAAGGGUCUCCAUCAGGCCUCGAAAUGACCAUGAGUCUCUGCUGGCUCGAUGGCAGAACAAAAGCACUGAGAGUGUGAUAGAGCUCCACAACAAGACGCCUGUGUGGAACGAUGACACUCAAUCAUACGUGCUCAACUUCCAUGGAAGGGUCACCCAAGCAUCUGUCAAAAAUUUUCAGAUCAUUCAUGACAAUGACCCGGACUACAUAGUGAUGCAGUUUGGUCGUGUAGCAGAGGAUGUCUUCACUAUGGACUACAACUACCCCAUGUGUGCCCUUCAGGCAUUUGCUAUUGCUCUAUCCAGCUUUGACAGCAAGCUGGCCUGUGAGUAGCCGUCUCUCUGCCAGCCAUGACCACAUAAAGACCCAGCCAGACUGCUUUACAAUCAGAAUCACUGAGUAAAGGGCUGCGGUGAACUCCACGGCAGCAGAGUCCCUCUGUCAACAACCACAUGUGGAGUCAUGAAUGAGUAUGGCCUUUAAAAAAAAAAAAAAAAAAAAAAAAAAACUUUUGUCCCUCAAGACAGUGGGGGAAAAGCACAAAGACUAAACCACUGUUUUUCCUUUUAAUCUGUUAAAAUGUGUGUGUUGGGGGGGGGCACAACAUUAUAAGAAGAUACAGUUGAAGUCAGAAUUUGACAUACACUUUAGCCAAAUACAUUUAAACUCAGUUUUUCACAAUUCCUGACAUUUCACUGUAGAAAAAAUUCCCUGCCUUAAGUCAGUUAGGAUCACUACUUUAUUUUAAGAAUGUGAAAUGUCAGAAUAAUGUAGAGAGAAUGUUUCUUUUAUUUAUUUCAUCACAUUCCCAGUGGGUCAGAAGUUUACAUACACAUUGUUAGUAUUUGGCUGCAUUGCCUUUAAAUUGUUUAACUUCAAAUGUUUUGGGUAGCCUUCCACAAGCUUCUCACAAUAAGUUGCUGGAAUUUUGGCCCAUUCCUCCAGACAGAACUGGUGUAACUGUGUCAGGUUUGUUGACUUCUUGCUCGCACAUGCUUUUUCAGUUCUGCCCACAAAUUUUCUUUCAAAUUUAGGUCAGGGCUUUGUGAUGGCCACUCCAAUACCUUGACUUUGAUGUCCUUAAGACAUUUUGGUGUUCUUCGGCUUGCAAGCCUCACCCUUUUUCCUCCAAAAAUAACAAUGGUCAUUAUGGUCAAACAGUUAAAUUUUAGUUUCAUUAGACCAUAAGAUAUUUCUCCAAAAAGUAAGAUCUUUGUCCCCAUGUGCACUUCCAAACUGUAGUCUGGCUUUUUAUGGUGGUUUUGGAGCAGUGGCUUCUUCCUUGCUUAGCCGCCUUUUAGGUUAUGUCGAUAUAGGACUCGUUUUACUGUGGAUAUAGAUACUUGUCUACCUGUUUCCUCCAGCAUCUUCACAAGGUCCUUUGCUGUUGUUCUGGGAUUGAUUUGCACUUUUCGCACCAAACUACGUUCAACUCUAGGAGACAGAAUGCGUCUCCUUUCUGAGUGGUAUGAUGGCCUUGUGGUCCCAUGGUGUUUAUACUUGCAUACUAUUGUUUGUACAGAUGAAUGUGAUAACUUCAGGCAUUUGGAAAUUGCUCCCAAGGAUGAACUAGACUUGUGGAGGUCCACAUUUUUUUUUCUGAGGUCUUGGCUGAUUUCUUUUGAUUUUCCCAUGAUGUCAAGCAAAGAGGCACUGAGUUUGAAGGUAGGCCUUAAAAUACCUCCACAGGUACACCUCCAAUUCAGUAAACCUCCCAUCAGAAGCAAAUUGGCUAAAGGCUUAACAGUAUCUUCUGGAAUUUUUCAAGCUGCUUAAAGGCACAGUUAACUUUGUGUAUGUAAACUUCUGACCAACUUGAAUAGUGAUAUAGUCAAUCAAAUGUGAAACAAUCUGUCUGUAAACAGUUGUUGGAAAAAUUACUUGUGUCAUGCACAAAGUAGAUGUCCUAAACAACUUGCCAAAACUAUAGUUUGGUAAUAUUAAAUCUGUGGUGUGGUUAAAAAAUGAGUUUUAAUGGCUUCAACUUAAGUGUAUGGAAAUGUAUGACUUCAACUGUACAUUCAUUUGCAUCGCAGUCAAAAUGGAAUCUCCUUUUUCUUUCUUAACGGACAUUAUUGUGUUUUGCAAUAUAACACUAACAUUUUGUUAAUGUUAAAUUAAGAAUAUUUUACAGUGAUAAGUGUGUCCCUAAGUAAAAAAAAAAAGAAAAUUUUCCAGGGUCAUAAUUCUACAAGAAUAAAGCUUAAUGUUCACUAACAAUUUAAAUAUUAUUUUUCACGAGAAAUGUAAUAUGUAGCCGUGAUUUAUAACAGAUUGGAUAUUUGGUUUACUUAAUGAACAGACUUUUGUAAAGUGAAUUUGAAUGUCACUGUCAUAUGUGAAAUGGCUCCAGUUAUACAUAAGUCACCUGUGUCAUAAAACACUGAAAUAUGAAUUGUAUCAAUAAUACAUCAUGCUUCUUGAGGGCUCCAUAGUUAUUUUCCAGUGUAUGAAGUCAUAUUUAUUAUGUAUUUAUAUAGAUUUCCAUACCAUAUGCUGCUUUUGUCUUAGCCCAUUGCCAAUAAUUCUCUGUGCUUCUAGCACAAAUGUUGGGCACUUUCACACUCAGAUUUUUUUUGCAGAUGCAUUAAAUUCAAAUGAGUAAUGUGUAAUAGUUCUACAAAAUAUAUGUAAUCAAUAGGGGUUCAUAACCAGACUGCAUUAGUUUCACAUCAGUUAUCAACCCAGAUCAUGUAAAACCCAUAUCCCACUUUUUAUGUGGACCUUAGUGACGUUACUUCGUUGCACCAAGUGUACACCAAUAGAAUGACCCAAAAUCAAUGGUUUACCAGUUCCGCAUGCACACCAAUAGCUCUAGUGUGAAAGUGCCCAAAGACCAUAAAGGUGCACUCAGUAAUUUUUUUCCUCAUUUAAAAAGUUUUACUUCUAAAAAAAUUAAUAGUAAUUUUGAAACAUGUAUAAAAUCAUGACCAUUCAUGUGAGAUGAAGAGUUCAGUUAUAUCAGUAACCUUAUAAAUGCUCUUUUAUUCUACAUGGAGCAGGGGUGCCCUCAUGGGGGCAGCCAUGUUAGCAUCACAUGACCAGCCAGAUACUAACCACUUAAUCUCAGUAACUGCCCUGUGAUUGUACACUUUCAUUCAUGGAUUAAAUUAAUCCUGGCUUAAUGUGCAUAGUGAAUUUCUACAGUGGCAUUGAUACUGAAAUCUACUGUGGUUGAAUGAUGCAGCAUCUAGGCCACUGGGUGUCAGUGUAAGCCAUACUUCGACAUAGUUCAAAAAGUUACUGAGUGCAGCUUUAAUGGUAGCAAAACUGUGAUGUAUGUUAUUUUAUGUGAGGGUCAUUAUCAGGGUAAGUACAAUAUCAUCUCAGUCAUACUGACUCACUACAUUGAAGGGGAAUGUAGUGAAUGGAGCACUUUAUUCAGAGUUUAAUGGUGGAAAGCUGUAAAUAUUGUGCCUUUGGACAAGACACUUGCGAUGCUUGAAGAUGCUACAUUGUUUACUCCAGCCAGUGUUUAUUUAUCAUGCAGCUACCUGAGCUUCUGUCUUAGUUCUUGAGAACAACUUGUAUAUUUACAGUAAACCUACAGUAUACUGGGCAAGUCUGGUUUAGUUGCCUGCUUGUGUAAAAGCUGAUUUUUAUAAGAACAGAAAAACAACUAUUUGGAUUCUCAUUGACAAAGUGAGACUGACAUAUGCAGUUUGUUCACAAGCCAUCCAUAAAAUGUCCUGCUGCAUGCAUAUAAGAUUGCUGUAGUGCAAAUUUUACAAGUGUGUGGAAUGAACAAAUUGUCAAAGAGGACAGUCAAAUUAAAAAAACAAACAAAAAAAAAAACUAAAUUCAGCAUACUUUUUCUACUAGUUUGUUAAUGUACGCAUCUUUCCUAAACAAUGCUGAUGAGUGAAUCAAGGAAGUAAGUGGUGUAUCAUCAGUGAUAAUUUAAUUGAAAUAUCCAAAAGCCUGCUGUGUGAUAUUCUAGCUACCUAUUUCCCUUAAAGCCAAAUUGUUCUUAGAGCAUUUUAGAAGUUUUAUUUUCAUUUAUAAUUCAUUUAAAUGGCCUCACUAAUUCAGAGGAGCACUGCUUUUUUUUAUCCAAAAGCAUGCCUGGAUGUUUUGGUUGAUUAUUAUAUUAUUUAUAAUUUCAGUUAAAAGUCACCGUAAAACUUUGCAGAAAAAAGCUGCAGAUAUACGAAUCUUUUGUUAUUGUCUAAUAACUAACAACAUUAGUGUUGAAUGAAUGUGUUAUGAUAAUUUAAUCUAUCAUAGUUCUUUUCCCCACAGUCUCAUUUGACUUGGUGGUGAAAACUGAAUCUUCCAUCACAAAAUAGAUUUACUAUUGACUAGAGAAGUUAUUACUGCUUUACUUUUUUUAAGAAUACAAGAUAAAGGCUAGACAUGUGCUGCAAAUGGCAGACCUUAAUUUUCUUUCAUAUUUCAACACCCAGUAGAAAACUGUCAAAACAUUAUCCAGUGCUAUUUCUUCCAUUUUUAAUAUUCACUUUAAUCAUUUUAAAAUUACAGAUUCAGACACAACAUUUUAAAAUAUAUUUUCCCCCAGAAAAGUAUUUUAAUAUUACAUUUUUAGCAAAGAAUAUGUCUAAGAUUACAUUCUUAGACAUAUUAAAAAGAAACCUGUGAUGUUUACUGUAAGUAAUUAAAGUUUGCAUUUUUUUAAAAGGCUCAUGAAACCAUUCCAGCACUUUCUAUUCUUUAUCAAUGUUAUGCUCUAAUUUUGGGGUUGCUUUGGUAAAAAUACUAAAAACGUAUUUGUUUUUCUGCUAUUUUUAUCUGUUUGAAAAAAAAAAAAAGAAAAAAAUCUUACCACUCUGUUAAAGUGAUAAUGUAUAACUGUUACGUCACAUUGUUUUGUAAAAUGUGUACAUUGGUCAAUACAGUGUUUGUAUACAGUACUCAAGAUAUAUAAAAUAAAUAAAUCUGAACUCCA